AGCACCCGACGUGUGCAAGAGAUCUCCUGCAAUAUCAAUCACCGUCCGACGUAGCUGCAUGUUUUUUCCGUCUUGUCAAGUCACACUCUGCGCACGAUGGCAAUGGAUAAGCGACUGGUUGUGCGCGAUUGCCACACGAAACCGAUUACGUCGAUGACGUUUGUUCCCUGGAGACGAGAAUAUGUUACUGCAGCGGAAGAUGGCCAAUUACGAUAUUGGGAUUUCGAUUGUGGCAAGCUCGUACAGACUGUGAAUGAACAUUCAGGCUGGAUAACCGACAUCUUGUGCUGGGCAGAAUACAAAGCGAUGUUCACGUCAUCGAAUGACGGCACCAUCAUUGUAUGGAGCUCGACCGGCAUUGUACAUCAACGUAUAGAGCUGAACCAUCCAGUGUAUUGUCUUGCAUGGCAGCAUCGACGUUCUCAACUAAUUGCAGGAAUGAAUGGCAGCAUUCGUGCUUACAAUGUAAAAGAAGGGUCGUUGAUAGGGGCUCCUAGCUUGGUGAGGAAAGCUCAAGUUGUUAAUUCUCAUGUCGAUAUUGUGAAGUGUAUUGUAUGUAUUGAUGCCAAAGUUUACAGUGGAGGAUAUGACCAGAGACUUGUCUCACACGAAAUACCACCAGGAGAGAAAGAUAUGAGAGCGUGUAACAUUGUAAAGACUGCACACGAGGCUGGUAUCAACUGUAUGGCAUAUGCAAAGGAUACGGAGAACACAUGGAUUAUUACUGGUGCAUUUGAUCACGUUGUGAAGAUCUGGUCGCCUGAAUGCAAGCUGAUUCAUAGAGUUACAGAUCAGUUGUAUUCUGUGAUCACUGGUAUCUGCUACGUACCUCGAAACAAAACAGUUUGGAUAUCAACAGGCCACGAGCUCAUUACAAUUUUUGAACCAAAGUCGGGAGAAAACGUGUCGGAGUUUGUUAGCACAUACAGAGAACUAGCAAGAGACAAAGACAAGCAUUCACUGUUGGCACUGAGAUAUAUUCCUGAAGCAAAUGAAGUCAUUGCAACAACAAGAAGGAGGCAGCUUGUCAUCUGGAAAUAUGAACAAACGGCAGCGACUAUCACUCUUCCCGGCAAAAAGACAUUUGACUGUCUUGCAUACACAUCGAAGGCUCCAAUUUUGAUCUUCAGUGGAGGUGCAGAUGGCCAGCUUAUCAAGUGGGAGCAACAGCAGCUGAAUAACUUUGCAUACAGUCAGGAGGUGUUUCUGUUGAGUGAAACUCAUGUGUCUCAAGGGAGUAGAGUGAAUGAGGAGGAAAGUGAGAGCGAAAGCUCGUCGGGGUCUGAGGAUGAUGGGAUCAGUGGUGGUGGUGCUGUUGGAAGGCAACGAAGAAGGCAGAAAUCUAAUCGGACGGGCAUCAAGCAGAGCACUGGGAUGACCAUGCUUCGAUCUGUCUACAUUGAAAGUCAAGACAAUCUUGUCAUUGGCUGUGAGGAUGGUACAAUUUAUGUUUGGGGCUAUGAUGAUGCAGCCAAAGAGGCAUUAAGAGGAAUGGCUAAAGCGGCCACUGAUCCAGCAUUGAUAAGAAGAUAUGGCAGUUUAUUAGACUCUACAUCAGAUCUGUUGUCGGAUAAUCCUCGUGGUGACAAACAGGACUCUGUGACUGAUCGUGUUGCUGGAUUCAUUUGUAAGCAUGUUCUCAAGCAUCACAACAGCUCUGUAACAGGACUUGCUGUUGUUGAGCCACAUCGUUACUAUAACGGUUCGAGGAGAGAGAAACAUGUCUCAUGGUCUGAACCAGAGAUUUUAGUUCUGUCAGGAGGAUGGGAUAGAAACAUUUGUCUUUGGAAUAUUCAGACUGGCAAACUGGUUGACAAAGUUCGUUACCAGAAAUCAAAGUCUGACAAAGAUGACGACCUUGCUUCUGAUGGUGUUAUAACCGACAUGGCAUAUUGCGCAGAAAGAAAUGAGUUUGCAUACUCAUCAACUGACAAACUUGUUUACAUUCGGAAGUUUGCAGAGACAGGAAGUGAGAUGAAAAUGGCUGCUGUACUGCAAGGCCACGAAAGUGAUGUCACACAAGUGGAAUGGAACGAUGUGAGGCAAUGCUGGGUGAGUGGUUCUGAAGAUGGGACCAUUCGGCUGUGGGAUGCGGAUGGAAUGGCAUGUCAGGCUGUGCUUGCAGUUGGUGGUGUGGUGACUGCAUUGUGUAUUGAUACGAAGAAUGGUUGUGUUGUGGCAGGGAUACAAGAUGUUAUUAAGGUGUUUGAUCUUGUCUUGCAUAAAUUGGUGCAAACGAAUGUCGGCCACAGAGAUGCAGUUCGCAGCAUUAUUCACAUUCCAGAGAGAAACCAGUAUGUCUCGGCUUCAUGGGACAAGACUUUACGAAUUUGGAAUGCAUAUCUGCAGCGCGGCAAACAUUCCAGCUUUGCAUCCGAUGUCACAAUUGAGAACAAUCUGUAAAUAGUAGGAACAACAUCAUUCCACUCAUGCUGCAUCCAUGCUUCAGCUUAUGUUUUUUUUCUAUUUUGUGGUGAUGCUGUACUGUUUCACUUCAGAUGGAGUUGAUAUUUUGGACCAACGUUGAGUCUGUAUUUUUGCAUUUUUUAAUUUUAAUUUAGUUCUGGUUUGUUUAUGUACUAGACGACUAAUAUACUUAUUGCCAUUUUUUGUAUAACUUACAAACGUAAUGCAAU